AAAAGUUGCCUGGGAGACCUGUGGCAUAUGUUUAAACUCGGUCAGAGAGGGGCCAGACUACCUCCGUCCUAUUUUGAGCUUCAGUUUUGGUUACCAGCUCUUCAGUUUGGGUUCAUUCCAUGGUUAUUGUCCUGGAACCUUGUUUUCUGGGUUGAGGUAUUCACGUAUUGUUCAGUUUGUAGGGCAGCACAUAAAAUGGAGGAUCAAGAAAUGAACUGUGAGCAAGGUAAUGGAGCUCUAUCAAAGACGGAAAGAAAGUUUGAACCAUUGUUUAUUGAAGAAGAUGAGGACUAUUUUGAAGACUGCAUGGAAGAGAUCGAGGCUGCUUUAACUCUUCCUGGAGAGUCCUUGCCUUAUUCACAAAAAUGCAGAGAAGCUUUGCAAGCUAAGUUUAAUGGACUUAUGCAACAUAUGUUGAUGCAGUUGGAUGUUUUUGAGGCAGCCCAUCCAACCAUAUCUGCACCACUGGAAUUACUUUCAGAAACACAGGACGAAAUGGACAAGAAUGGAUUUGCAAAAGCAUUUCAGUUUGUAGAGAUGAGCAUUCCAGAGAAAAAAACAUCUGUCUUGGAGGUUGAAAAUGAUGCUGUAGAUACUCUUAUUGAUGCAAGGCCAGAGUUGUCGGCCACCAUGGAGAUACAACAGCUCAGAGAAGCAUUUGAGAGCUGCAUUCAGGAGGUGAGCCAGCUGGAGCACAGAAGGGAUGAUUUGGUUCAGGAGCUUCUGGAGCUUGAGGAGCCAAUGGCCCAGGAGCUAAAAACGGUCAGAGAAACUCUUGGGGAGGAACAAGCCCUUCUGUCCAAGGUCAGACUGGAGAGACAGAGGCUGCAGGAAGAGACUCAAAAGACUAAAAGACACCUGUUUAGAGCAGCCCGAGACUGUGCACAGAGACACCUAGAGCUUAAAUUACAACAGAAGGAGGUGGAGCAGCUCAACCAAGCUCAGGAGGAGCUAAAGACCCUUGCUGAUAAGUUGUCUGAGGAAAUCUGCACAAUUCAUUCAGAUCACCAAAGCUACAUGCAGGAACUGCAAAAACAGCAGAGCAUCACUCAAGAAUCCAGCAAGAGGAAAACCCGCUCUUAUGCGAGUCAAGGGCGACGAGCCUCUUGUGACCUCCAGCAGUACCUGCAGGGCGGGAUCAAAGCUCUGGAAUUGUUUUAUGAGCCCCGGUUAAUGUCCCUGCUGAAGAGACAGGAGGUCGCUGUGGAGGCCCUCGGGAAGGCUAAAGAGCAGUGCCUGGAGCUGAAGACUCAGUUAGGACCACUGAGAGAAGAGAAACAGAGGCUGAAACUACAGAAGAUUUGUCUGGAGGAGAGAAUCGGACUAAUGGAGAGACAGAGGGUUGAAAAUGUGGAACAAUAUCGGGAGACAGUUGAUAUAUUGGAGGAGACCAUCAGAGAAAUGAAAACUGAGCUCAAGAUCCAGACCAAGAAGAGAGAAGAACUGGAGAUGUUGAAGAACAGCAUGGCCAAAGAGCUGUUACUCUACAGGCAAGUGCUGUGCACUUUUUCCAAAAGAUUUUUUGUUCCUUAUUACAUACUUCAAAGUAAUUUAAGGAAUGAAUAUUACACCAUGUACAAAUUAAGUGAUAAAAUCUCUAUGAUGCAAUCAUGACCUAAUAAGCUGCAACAAGAUGGUUGUUAUAGUUCCACAAUUUGUGGAUUCCCCAUACAAAAGAGGAAGUUAAUUUAAGUGUGCUAUUGGUAUGUUAUAGGAAUAUAUUUAAAAUUACACUUAAUUAUAGUUGACUCAUACAGACAGAAAACCCAAGCACAUAUGGCCUAUGAUUGUACUAAAAAAAAUUAUCAUGAAAGCAUACUAAAAGAACAAUUAUGCUUAUAAGCAUGUUUAUUUUAAGUAUAAUAUGGCAAUUUUCACACAGCAAUUACCCACACAGAACCAGAUGAUUGGCUGAUUUACAGACAAUUUUAAGAGCAUUGACUUACUUCAUACUGGCUUUUAUAAGCCAUUUACAGAAGAUUGACAGAUCUUAAUUUUUCUCUGCAACUCUCACAUGGUUGCCCACUGAAGCUAAGCAGGGCUGCGGAAAGUCAGUACCUGGGUGGGAGACCACAUGGGAAAGCUAGGUUGUUGCCGGAAGUGGUGUUAUAGAGGCUAGCACGGGCGCUCUACCUGUGGUCUGUGUGGGUCCUGACGCACCAGUAUAAUGCUGGGGACUCUAUAACUCUCAGGCCCCGUUUACACUAAUGCAAUUUAGUUUUAAAACACACAAGUUUUGCUACAGUUACGCCGUCCAUCCACACCAUGCCAAGGUUUUCGAGCGCUGAAAACAGAGCGUUUUGGAAACGCUGGAGAGGCUGUUUCAUCCUAAAACGCUGCUGCUCCCUCUCAGUGUGGAUGGGGGAAAACUGAGACAUCUGAAAACUGAGGCGAGGCUGCAGACAUUCGCCUUUGGGGCUUUUCCUCAAUUUUAAGUAGCCUACACACUGUUCAAUCCUGCCUACUCUCCUUGUAAGUUCAGACUUCGCAAGUUUGAUAUGGAAAACAGACUCCCGAGGACAUGUUGGGAAAAUCUUCUAAGGGAACAGGGUACUUUAUAACCUUAUUCACAUCAUCCUGGAUUCGUACGAUGUUAAUCCUAACAAUAAAACGAAAACAUGAUAUAAGGAACUUCUAUUUUCAUUUUGAUAUUAACAACUUAACAGACAGCA